UAACGAAAUGAUAAGCACCUAAAACUUGAGAGGGAGAUCCUCUCCGUUGACUAGUGUCGUACCAGCGAUACCACCUUAAAAAAACGUUUUGUGUUCUUCGAUUUAGCUUUUCUUACCAUUCCUAUCAGACAAUGCUCUUGAAAACGUGCAGUCAUUUUGCGGCCAACAUUGGUGGUGAAAAACAAUGCGGUAUAUAUAUGGUUUCACCAUAACGUAAUAAACAUUAAACAUAAUAUCAUAUGAAAACACUAUCGUCUCUACUUUCUAAUGAAGCGGUGGUUUCUCAGAGGGCAAGAGAUUCAAACAUUGUGAUUGAGUUUGGCUCUUGUUGGAAAAAUAAAAUAAAAUGGGAGAAUGGUCGAAUAAAGUGCUGGCGAUACAUAAAAAAAUCUUAUAAUGCAAAUCAUAAAACGAAUCGUUCGGACCAAACUGUGCAGUUGAUUCCUAAUUUUUCAUAAUAAACCGUCAGGUAAACAACCUGAGCGAUAAUGAAUCAAAAUACAAUACAAGACAAGGGAUAAAAGGCCCAUUAUCAACAACUAAAGAGUUUUAUUUGCAAAUGAAGUAGAGUACAGGAGUUGGGAUGGCAAUCCAACCCGAAAUCAUGGGUACCCUAUCAGACCAUAGCCAGUCAACAUGGGUAAUUACCCGCUUUGACGGGUUAAGGGCCGAGUACGAGUAAUACCCGGUUGUAAAAAUGCGGGUAGGGUACAUGUAUGGUAAUAGCUAAUACCCGCCCCGCUAAUUCAAGGGUAGAUUUCCCCUUAAUCCUAAGAGGUUGUGUGGUUGUUUCCCCUGAUUAUUGAAUCUAUAACAAAUAUGAAGUAUUGUGUUUUUGUUUGUGUGGAUUGUAGAAACAAGAACAACGAUUAUGUGUUUUCGGUCUUUUUAUGUGGAUUGUUGUAGCUAGAAUAGUUACCAGUAUUGACAAUCUUUAUUGAACAACUGUAUGUAUGUACAUAUAUGUGCAUAAGUUCAUAUUUUAGAAUUCGUAUUCGUGGUUACCCGAAUAUCCGUGAUUACCCAAAAGAUAGGGUAUGGUAUGGUUAUAUUAUUUUUAUAUCUGGUGGUUAUUUGAUCGGAUAUUUUAGGAGGCUUUAUCCAAUGAGUUAGCAAUUGGUAUAUAUAGAGUAGGGAUGGCAACAAAACCCAAACCCACGGGUACCCACCCGACCCAACCCGGUCAACGCGGGUAAAACCCGUGUUGACGGGUUUUGGGCCGGGUUCGGGUUUAAACCCGCUACACUAUUCACCGGGUCGGGUUGGGUUUGGGUUUAGGUAAACCCGCCCCAUGGGUAUCCGCCCACACACAUAUAAUUACUUUCCCCGUAUAUUUAAUAUUCUAAAUAAUAUUUCCUUAAACAACUAAUAUUCUUUAUGUUUGUGGAGACAUGUAUAAUUUGUUCUUUCUAAUUGUUUAGAAUGAAGUUGAUAUUAUGAAGUGGAGAGUGAAGAAACUUAUUUGACGAGGAAGAAACUUUCAAUUAAUAUUAUUGUUUAUAGAUGUUUAUCUUUAAUUUUGAACAAUUUGUAUUGAUCAUUUGCGGUUUGCUUGUAUGCUCUAUAUUGGUGUUUUUUGUAUGAAUAAUUUGUAUGAGAAAAUUGAUGUUAAACUUUUAUUUUGAAAGAAACUUGUUAUUGUAAAUUUUUUACCACAAAAACCCACGGGUACCCAUGAACCCGCGGAUACCCAACGGGUUGGGUUGGGUUUGAGUUUUUCAAACCCAACGGAUUUUACCCUGGGUUUUUUUGGCGGAUAAACCCAUGAGUUUAGGUUUGGGUUUGACAAAACCCGCCCCAACUCGACCCAUUGCCAUCCCUAAUAUAGAGUGAACCGGCACCCAAUCGUACCUAUUGCCAUCCCACCCAAAUUAUAAUCUCCGCUGAGGAAGCUCACUGACUCGCUCCAUCUUCAUCUGUUGUUCUUCUGCCCGUCUAUCCAAGUCGCAAUCAGUAGCCUCUGUUCGACUGUUCCCGUGCCGCCAUGUACUCGAUUGAGCUGAGCUGAACUGAACUGACGCGCAUGACCUAACCAGUCAGUCACCAAGCAAUUCGAUCUCCGUCUACAGUUUUAGAAUUACAGUCAUAGUGGUUUCUGCUGAUGAGGCGGAAACUGGUGGGACUGCUUUCAGUUCUAUCCGCCGUUUUCAUCGCCGCCGCCGCAUCAUCUCAGUCGUCGGCCUUCGACCGCGAUCAGGACCGCCUCGGGAGAUGGCACGUUCUCGACAGGCACAACUACUCUUCUGAGAUCAGAAUCCAUCCCAAAAUCCUCCUGCUCGUCUCCGUUCCAUGGUCCGGCGAGUCGAGGUCCUUGAUGCGGGAAAUAGCCGAUUUAGUCGCCGGAAGUCCGGAGGAAUUCGGCGCCCUCGAGUUGAUGUAUCUGCAGAGGAACAAGGAGAAGAUGCUCGCGGAUGCGAUUGGUGCCGCGGAGGGAAGAGUGACGGUGUUCUAUCUCCAUCACUCCGUGCCUUACAAGUAUCAAGGCAGGCUUCGAGCGGGGAAUGUUCUGCGGUCGAUUCGUCCCUAUUUGUUGCCUGAUCCUGAAGAAAUUCCCCUCAAGGAGCUGAAGACGGAGGAUGAGCUGCGGACGUUUGUUGAAUCGACAGAUAAGGCCGUGCUUCUUAUGGAGUUCUGUGGAUGGACACGUAAGUUGCUUGCCGGCGCUAAUAAGAAUGAGACUACUCGUAGUGGUUUGAGAUUGCAAGGGGAUUUUGCUGGCGCAAAUGGAGAAAGUGAGAAACUACCUAUCUCCCUAGGAAAGGAAAACCAGAAGGUGGCUGGUGAAGAGAAGGCAGCAUUGACAUGUGGUAGUGAAAGUGCAUUAUUCACCGGAAUUCCUUCAAUUGGAGAAUUCAGCUCUGGAAAUGAUAGCCUUACUCGCCAGGAGGAUGAGUACUGGGAUGCUGAGAAUGCUAGAUCAGGAAUUGGAUUGACUUGUACCUAUGAGCAGUUUCAAAAAUUUGAUGCAUUCUUCUCAAAGUUCAUGGCUGUGGCAAGAGAGUACUCUCUGCCUCUCGAAAAUCAUAGAUUUGGUCUUGUUUCAGAACGAUCGUUGCUUUCUUCUCUUGGUAUCGGAGACUCUGGUUCCUGGGUUGUGAUGCUUUCUUACAAUGGAUGUCAAAGUUGUUCAAGGAUACUGGGGGACAAUGAUGACCUUGCGAGUAUUCUGCAGUCAGAAAAAUCUAUUGUUACUGAGCUGGAAGGCAAUGGGGAGGAUGUUGAUCCUGCAUUACCCACAAAUAAGCCAUCAGUGCUCCUCUUUGUGGAUAGGUUAUCUGAUUCAUCAGAAAUCAGAAGAAAUAGUCGGGAAGCACUUCAACAGUUCAGAGACCUAUCAUUUCAUCUUAAAGUUUCAGAUAACAUGAGCUAUCAAACGAAUGAGAGGUCCGGAAGAUUGUCCAACCGAGGGCUUCAAAAACUGCAGGUAGAUUUGCAAGGCAAAUCGUUGCAAGAGAUAAUAAAGUAUGUCCUUCAGCAGAAGAAGGAGGUAACGCUGAGCUCAGUUGCAAAAGAGGCUGGUUUCCAGCUGCUGUCUCAGGAUCUCAGCAUUAAGACAGCUGACUCAUUGCCUUCGGAGGGUCAGGCAGACGCAAACCAAGAUUCAUCUAAAUCUUCUCAGGACAGUCCCAUCAGAACAUUAAUCAAUCUGAAUGAGGUUUCAGUUUUAAGUAACGAGGAACCAUCGAGUGAUGCCGAAUCUUCUCAUUUUGAGGAGAACCCAGCCUAUCUGUUCACAUCCGACAAGCCUAUAAGACUUGAUCGACUUGUAUCAGAUGUUGGAAUGUCAGCACAGGAAGGCAUAAAACUAGAAGGGGAUGAGGUUUCAGCUUUCAGUAUUGAGGAAACAUCAAGUGAUGUGGAAUCCUCUCAUGGCGAGGAGAGGCCAACUUAUCAUCUCACAUCCAAACAGCCUACAGAACUUGAUCAACUUGUCUCAGAUGUUGGAAUAUCAGAAUUAAAAGGCAUAAAAUUAGAAGAGGAACAUUCUCCCAGUUUGGACUCUUUGGGGGAAGAACAACAAGAAGUUGAGAAUUUCCCUGGUUCUUUUUCAUUUUCUGAUGGGAACUACAGGUUGCUAGAGUCCUUGACUGGGGAGAGUAGAAUUCCUUCCUUAGUAAUUAUUGAUCCUGUUUCACACCAACACUAUGUCCUUCCUGGAAAUAUAGAGUUCAGCUAUGCCUCAGCAGAAAGCUUUGUUAACAGGUUCCUGAAUAGGACUCUUGUCCCCUUCCAACUGUCUGAGUCUGAACCUGCAAGCCCUAGGGAAGGUUCCCACCCGCCUUUUGUUAAUCAAAAUUUCCAUGAGGUAGACUCUAUCCCUCGGGUUACAGUUCACAGGUUCCAUGAAAUGGUCAUUGGUUUCAAUCAAUCUGACAGUGAGAAUGCGGUUGGUGCCUCCUGGAAUGAAGAUGUGUUGGUCCUUUUUAGCAACAACUGGUGUGGAUUCUGCCAGAGAAUGAAUUUGGUUGUUCGUGAAGUUUUUCGGGGCAUAAAAGGUUGUAUGAAUGUGUUGAAGAUGGGAUCUACGGCCAAAGACACAAUUCUCGGUGACACAUCUGAGACGAAGUUUCCAAAAGUCUUCUUAAUGGACUGCACACUGAAUGAUUGCAGUUUGACCUUGAGAUCAGUGGGAAUGAGAGACGUAUAUCCCACUCUUUUGUUGUUUCCUGCAAAAAGUAAAGUGGCUGUCCCGUAUGAAGGAGAUGCAACAGUGAAUGAUAUCAUUGAGUUCAUAGUUAACCAUGGCAGCAAUUCUGAACAUCUAACCAGUGAGACCGGAAUUUUAAGGAGCGCGGCCAGAAAAGGACGCAAAGUUCAGAAGUCAACCAAGGAUUCAUCAGUUACAACCAAACCUCACGACAAGGAUGCCUAUGUCGAGUCCCAGGAGGUCGUAUUGAAACACCGAGCACCAGAAAGAGCCGCAGCCUAUAGUGAGGCUGAAUCACACACUUCCAGACAUUCCAGCAAUUCUGCCCCUCCCCAUGUGGUCAUCGGCACAAUCCUCUCCGCCACGUCAAAGAUCACUUCCCAGCCAUUCGAUGAUUCACGAGUGAUCAUAGUUGCAGCCGACGAGAGUGCAGGAUACUUUCAGGGCCUAAUGUACAACAAGCCCCUACGGUGGGAGGCCGUCCCCAGCCUGGAAGAAGGGCUGAAGGAAGUGCUGAAACAGGCUCCGCUUUCAUUUGGUGGUCCACUGGUGAGAUCCGGAUUGCCAUUUGUCGCUUUAACAAGAUCAGGAGGAGCUAGAGAUGGUCAUCCACACUGGCCUGAGGUUGCUCCUGGGGUCUACUUUCUCGAUCAGCAGAGCACAGUCGAAGAAAUCGAAGCGAUCAGAUCAGGAAAUCGUGAAGUAUCGGAUUAUUGGUUCUUCCUGGGGUUUUCGAGCUGGAGCUGGGAACAGCUGUUCAACGAGAUCGCGGUGGGUUCCUGGGAUGUUCACGAGAAGGGCAUUGAGCAUCUGGAUUGGCUGUCGUAAACUCAGUUUCUGUUUGUUCACGAGAAGGUUAUAGUUGAGAAGAAUCAUUUCGCGACAUAAACCAUAACAUUUUUCUUUUGGGUUUAUCCAUGGAUUUAAAUUAAUGUCGUUUGCAGUAGAGGUGGCAGUUCGAUUCAGUUAACCUAACUAAACCUUCAUUAGAAACUGAAAUUCGAAGUAGCCAUUUGCCCUAAACCGAAACUUGAUUCAAUUUUGGUCAGAAUAAACCGUAAAAAUGUAAACGAACAUUUGAUUGUGUUAAUGGCCUAUCGGUUAAUUAACGAUUUUAACCUAUAAAUGACAAUAAUAUAUAGCAUUCCUAAAAGUUCACAAAAGUGCAUAUCUACCCAAUAAAACCCCAUUUCUUGCCUCCAAAGUAAAAAUAGAAAAGGUAGAUUCGUCUUCAUAGUCAUUUAUUAUUUUUUUAUUUAUAGAAAAAUAUAGCAGUAAUGAGAUUUGAACAGUGAUCUCUUCGAACAGAGAUAAAAAACUCUCCCCUAAAAAUAUUUUUUUUAUAUUUGAUACUUCUAUUUUUAUACUUUGAUUAUUUUAAUUCUAGUUUAAUAAUUAAUUAUAUUUCUAUUUAUCUUAUAAAAGGAUAAUAAUUUUAAAAUCGCAAGCUUAAUGCCAUUGGUGCAAAUAUUGCACAUCGAAUUGCAGUAUUGAAUGUGUAGAAGCGAUGCAGAAUUCUUGACAUAGACUUGGAUAAUAUAACUACCACAAAGCAACAAUAUUUUUGAACAUAGAAGUUUUGAGUGAAUAUGGGGCACAUGUGUCUUUAAGAGAGGGGUAAAUAUGGAAAGGUUGAUUGAUGUUGGUUUGUCGAAUGCGGAUUGAAAAUGCGCAACUAAUAUAAACGGGUUUAAAUGGUGUCCGACCUACUAAAUGCUCAACCACCGUCGCCUCUACAAACCUUCCCACCUACUCGCAACUGCAUAACCUCCUCCGCCUAUAUUGUUAUGCAAAGCAAUUUUCGGAGGGGUAAAUAUGGAAAGGUUGAGUGUUCUUGCUUGGAGAGCUGACUGGUGGGUUAUGUAGCUUCUUUGACAGUAAUGUGUUAUCUCUUAACAUCAGUUCAUUUGGUUGAUCUUCUAGGUUGACUUGUGAGUUGAUUAAAGAUAAACAGUGUCCCGGGCUCCCGGCCUACUAAACGCUCAACCAUCGCCGUCUAUCCAAACCUUCCCAUCGGACUCGACAACCGCCUAACUUCCUCCACCUAUAUUGUUACGCAAAGCAAUUUUCGGAGGGGUAAAUAUGGAAAUGUUGAGUGUUCUUGCUUGGAGAGCUGACUAAUGCGUUAUUUAGUUUCUUUGACAGUAAUGUGUGAUCUCUUAACAUCAGUUCAUUUGGUUGAUCUUCUAGGUUGACUUUUGAGUUGAUUAAAGAUAAAUAGCUAUACUUUUUGUUGCUUUUGUUAUGAUACUCCUUUUCAACAUCGUCAUUUUUCUGAUUUGAAAUAUUUUUGUGGUUAGUUUCCAGUAAACAAAGACUAUUUUAAUUAGUGUUAACAUAGGGAAUAGCUUCAAUCAUACCACUUUUACACAAAAUUUAAAUGUAAGAGCAAAGAUCAUUGACGAAUUGAACUAUUCAACCUAUAAUGUUGAUCUUCAGCAUAUAAAAUAUGGUUUCUUUUGAGUGAAAUAACCUCAUGAUUGCAGAUAAGUUUUUACAAUAUGAUGUUUUGUGAUAGUGGUCACUUGCUUCUAGAUUUAAAAGUGGGGUUCUAAUUAUUACAAUAUAUAAAGUGCGAGUGAUAGCGAUAAUUGGAGCAGAUACAAGAUGGUUUGAUAUCCUUCUCUCUGCAAGGAAUAAAUACAUGGUGGGUAU